CUCACGUGACAAAACAAUACUACAUCGGUGCCAAAACAUUCUCGUGAAUCACGAAAAUCAGAGCUAGAAGCAGCCCAAAGAGUUUCUAGCUGAAAAGAAACUCUACGGACAUGUUGCUGUGUUGAUCCUGACGCCUCAUGAUGAAUAGAUGUCGAAAUAUUUCGAUCGUUUGCCUAGUAGGUAUAUGGCUGACUUGGUGUUCUUUCACUUGUGGCGCCUCUCAACCGAAAUGCUAUGGCGAGUUUGAUGUGUAUUUUAUUCUGGACAGAUCUACCAGUGUUCCUAAAUAUAAUUUUCAAAUUGAAACAGUGAAUUUUGUUGAAACCAUUACCAAAAGCUUUAAAAGCCCUAAGAGUGGCAUGUCUUUCAUAACRUUUUCUAAUAAAGGCGUCAACAAAGAGCAAGUGUUAUUAUUAUUGUUACUGAUGGCAGUUUAUUUGACAUGAAAGAAUCAAAGGCUGAGGCAGAAAGAGCAAAGUCUUUAGGUGCAUCAAUAGUCACUGUAGGUGUGGGAUUAAUUGUUAAAAGUCAGCUUGAACAGAUUGCAAGUAAACCACCUGAACAGUAUGUCUACACAAGUAAGAACUUUGGAGCUUUACCAAGUCACAUUUAUAAGAUUGUUGAGAAYUCAUGCAUAGAGAUAUUAUCUGUUUCUCCAAGAAAAGUUUGUGCUGGAGCGAAUUAUACAGUGAUAUUUUCUGGAUAUGGUUUCACGAAGACUGAUAAUAUCAGCAAAGUUGUAUGUGUUUACCGUGGUAAUGACACAUAUCGAACAAUUCGAAAACCAUAUAAAGUCGAAGAUACGCUUCUUGUUUGUCCAGGAUUUGUCUCCAAUGAAACAGACAGAACGUUUAUAUUAGAAAUGUCUGUCAAUGAAGGCUUAACGUUUGUAUCGAGUAAUGUAACCUUGACAACACAGUACUGUGCACUACCCUCUACACCGACUUCACCAGCAGCGAGGAUUCCAGAAGAUCGCGUUAAUGUUGGACUGGCUCUUUUCCUAGUAGCAUUUUUCUUAAACCAAAGCCACCCAAGUACAGACCAGCUCCACCAGUACCACCCCCACCGGAACCAAAAGCACCACCAGGAAAGAAAAAAUGGCCGACUGUCGACGCAUCGUAUUAUGGCGGGGGAGGGGUGGGUGGAAUAGCACCCGUCAGAGUGGAUUGGGGCGAUAGAGGAUCAACCGAAGCGGGCUCAAAACUCGCCAAGGCAAAGGGUGCCCAAACAAAGGAAUCACCGGAUGAUGAAGAGAAACUCACAGGGGGUGGGUCAGGAGGACGUGGCGGRGGGAAAGGUGGUGCAGGAUCGCCUGGCUGCAUGGCUGUUGCUAGGGCUAGUAUGGCRGGGUGUCUAGCUGCCAUGUCACGUGGUUAUCAACGAUUAGCUUCCUACAGACCACGCCCAGGUGGAAAUCUUUUUUAUUCAUCACCUGAUGCGCAUGCGUGACACCAUGACGUCAUAAAGUAUGGAUGUAUAUUUUGGAGAAUUCUCAAAGCGGACAGAAACAAACAGAAGCCAAUAGACAUGCAUUCAGUGAGAAAUUAAAUCAGUCCAUGAUGUAAAUUCUAAUAGUCAGUGAGUAAUAAUCAAAUCGAUCCACAAGAAAACAAUGGAAUUAGUGACUGGUAAACUGGUAAACAAAAUAUACCUGAGGCUUUUACGUCAUGUACCGUAAAGGCAGUGCAUUGUAGGAUGUGUUUGGGACAGAAAAUGGCGGAUUUCUUUUCUUUUCUGUAAAAACCGAUCCUAAAAUGCAUUGUAAAUCAAGUCGGUGAUGUGAACGAUGACUGGGCUUCCUGAGUGUUUGUUGUACAUUAAGCUAUAAAUUUCUAGUAGGAAAAACGAAUUUUUGUUUCAAUAGUUUAUAGAUAGAUUUAUUUUUAGAAUUUAUAUUUUACGAAAUUGUUAAAUUUUGAAUACUUUAAAAAAGUAUCUUAUUGCAUUAAGUUAAGGAAUUUUAUUAAAUGUAAUUAUAUUUACCUGACUGCUAAAGCUUGUCACAGACAGACGCCAUAUCCCACAUGUACUGAACUCAAUUCAAGUUUAUGUUAGUUCUCAAAAAACAAAUAAAUUAUAAUCAAAAUAGAACAAKAGUUGCUCUUCGCUACUGUAUAAUAUUUUAUGAUUUUAAUUUCACGGGUUUUUAAAAAACUACUUCUCGAAUUGAAUUUGACUAAUGGGUGAAAGUUUUAGUAUUUUAAUCGCUAAACGGGCGUAAGCCAUACAUGUAACUAUGMAAACUGUAUUUAAUAUGUUAAAGUCUUAUGUAAUUAAUAUUGGCUAAAAGUUUUGUAGUAAAGCGAAAUAAAGUAUUCUUUAUGUAUUCUGGCAA